UUCUUCUUCCUUUUCCUCCUGCUCCUCCUCCCACUCUCCAAAUGUAUAGAAGAAGCUUGUUCUUCUUCCCAAGCUCUCCACAUACACACAGAAGAAAAAUGGGAGCUGCAAUGUUCCCGUUAGAAGGGGAGGAGGAGGAAGAGGAGAGGAGGAGCAGGUUUAGCAUAAACGACAACGUGGAUUUAUUGGUGGAGAUACUGGGGAGGUUGGACGGGAGGUCGCUGGGAGUGGCGGCGUGCGUGUGCCGGCUGUGGAGCAGCGUGUGCCGGAGGGACAGCGUAUGGGAGGCGCUGUGCAACCGCCACGUGGCGGGGGGAGGGGGCGGGCCGGGCACACGGUCCGUCGUGGCCGCCCUGGGCGGGUACCGCCGGCUCUACCGGCUCUGCGUCGGGCCGGCGUUGGACCGGCUCGCGGGCUGGAGGGGUCGGGCCGAGUGGGCCUCCGCCGCCACCGCGGCCCAUCUCUCGCUCUCCCUCUCCCUUUCCGUCUCCCUUCUCUCCAUCGACUGCUACGAGCGGCUGGACGGGCCCCAGGCAUCGCUGCUCUUCCUCUGCAAGCCUGUCAACGUCUCCUGAUCCAUUGGGCUUUUCUGGGCUUUAGAACAUGGAGUGGACGUACAGGAUAAGUCGGGUGUGCCCUCGUUCCAUCAUACUGCAAGUUUGUUAAUUGUAUAAUAAUUAUUAUUGUAGUAGCAGGUAUUA